GCCCCCCAGCCCCCCGUACAGUAAGGACCUCAGGUUACGGGCGGCUCUGAGCUGCUCUCCUCCGAUGGACCAACUCCACGCGGCCUCUGGAUCUCCGAUCUCCGAGACCACAACGGGAUCCAAAAUACUUUUUAUAAGGAAGAAAAACACUUUGUACGAAAACUUCAUAUCAAGCCUUGUUUCUUAACUCCAUAAUGUCCUUUUGUUAUUUAUUAUUACUCAUCACUGUGUGUUUUGUGUGUGCGUGCGUGUUGUCACCUUCUUUCUUUCGAGUGUCCAUGCAGUAGGUCUAUUUUUGACUUGCAAGCACUUGAAACCGGUUCCUCUGUGUGAUCAUGGCCGAUGGCUGGAGCUGUUCUUCAUGUAAACGUUUGUAAUGUCUGUCGCUGUGAUUUAUUUUUUUUGAAGGCAUAACUGCACAAUGCAAAUCAUGUUGCUGUUUUGUUUCCCUCCUUCCUUUGAGAUUUCUCCUGAACUUGUAACAAUGAUGUACAGUCUGAAUACUUAUGAGCUAUUUUUAUCACAGUAUUAUUUAUUGCUUACUUUCAAUAAAAUACUGAAACCUACUUUUCACUGACCACACAGUAAAACAAACUUGCUUUCUAUUUGUAAUGGUUGAUUUCCAACCACCAAUGCAACUAUAUGUUUUAAGUAUUCAUAUCAAUAGUUAUCUAUACUCUAAUUCGAAUAUAAUGAACUCAAAAUAAGAUUUGGUUCAUUAAUAUGAAAUGUACUCCUUGGGUAGGCUUUGUCUUAAAAAAUAAUCUUGCUAUUGAUUAAUGAUCAAUGUAUGGCCUGAAAUUAGAUUAGCUUCGUCCAGAGGUGAUAACAAGAUAACUCAUGGGUGUAGAAUCUGAUCCUCAUUAGGAUCUGAUCCUACACCCAUGAUGAGGAUCAGAUUCUCAUGAGGAUCUGAUCCUGCAUCCCCGAGGGACCCGAUGCCUCCGUGAGGACCCGAUGCCUCCGUGAGGACCCGAUGCCUCCGUGAGGACCCGAUGCCUCCGUGAGGACCCGAUGCCUCGACGUCGUAAGGUGACGUCACCUGAAGCAGGAAGUGGGAUGAAGCCGGAAGAGGAUCCAGGAGCCACUCGUUAAUUUUCCCGAUCAGAUCUCGUUGCGUCAACAGGGACUCGUCUUGGUUUAGUUGGUUUAGUUAGUAGGGUGUAAUUAUCGCUUCAUCUCUUUGUUCGCCUGUGUGUGUUUGAAGGACGUCACAGACGAUGUGGAAGGCCGCCGCGGGACAGUCUGUCAGCGCUGCUGUGGAGGACGGAGGUGACGACUGGGAGACAGACCCUGACUUUGAGAACGACGUGACGGAGAAGGAGCAGCGAUGGGGAGCGAAGACGGUGGAGGGCUCGGGACACCAGGAGCACAUCAACAUCCACCAGCUGCGAGCCAACGUGUCCACAGAACACACGUCCAUGAAGCAGAAGGAGCAGGACGACAUGCCCAAAGCCUCUCAUGGAUACGGGGGCAAGUUCGGGGUUCAGCAGGACCGCAUGGACAAGUCUGCCGUUGGCCAUGACUACCAGAGCAAGCUGUCCACGCACUGCUCCCAGACCGACACCUCCAAGGGCUUUGGGGGCAAGUUCGGAGUGCAGGCCGACCGUGUGGACCAGUCAGCUGUCGGGUUUGAGUACGCCGGAAAGACGGAGAAGCACGCAUCUCAGAAAGACUACUCAGCGGGGUUCGGGGGUCGCUACGGGGUGCAGGCAGACCGCGUGGACCAGAGCGCUCUUGGCUUCGACUACCAGAGCAAGACGGAGAAACACGAGUCCCAGAAAGAUUACGCCAAAGGCUUCGGUGGCAAGUACGGAGUAGAGGCCGACAAGGUGGACAAGAGUGCCAUGGGCUUUGAGUACCAGGGCAAGACUGAGAAACACGAGUCACAGAAAGAUUACACCAAGGGCUUCGGGGGCAAGUUCGGCGUGCAGACGGACCGCCAGGACAAGUCAGCGUUGGGCUGGGACCACCAGGAGAAGCUGCAGCUCCACGAGUCCCAGAAAGAUUAUUCCAAAGGAUUCGGAGGGAAGUUUGGUGUCCAGCAGGACAGAAUGGAUAAGAGUGCAGGAACCUUUGAGGACAUCGACCGGCCGAGCUCUGCCUAUCAGAAGACCAAGGCCACGGAGGCUGCGGGCAGCGGCACGGGCAACAUCAAAGCUCGCUUCGAGAACAUCGCCAAGCAGAACGAGGAAGAGGACCGGAGGAGGGCGUACGAGGAGCGCGGACGGCGCCAGGCCAAGGAGAAGCUGGAGCUGGAGGUGGGCCGCAGGAAGCAGGAGCUGGAGGAGGAGGAGGCCUGCAGGAAGCAGGAGCAGGAGGAGGCCUGCAGGAAGCAGGAGCAGGAGGAGGAGGCCUGCAGGAAGCAGGAGCAGGAGGAGGCGGCCCGUGUCCCGGAGCCCGCCCCCGUGCGCGUCCCUAGCCCCGCCCCUCCGGCCCAGCCCGCGUAUCAGAACGCUGUGGUGAAGGAGGAGCUGGAGGCUCCGCCCACCACGUCCGGCGGCCAACCAGAGGAGGACCUGUACCAGAACGUGGAGGCGGAGCCUGGAGACGUUGCCCCGGGCGAUGGCGGUGAGGACCAAGGGGUGACGGCCGUGGCGCUCUACGACUACCAAGCAGCCGGUGAGGACGAGAUCUCCUUCGACCCCGACGACAUCAUCACCAACAUCGAGAUGAUCGACGAGGGCUGGUGGCGCGGCGUGUGUGGGGGGGCCUACGGCCUCUUCCCCGCCAACUACGUGGAGGUCCGCCCCUGAGGAGGCCCCGCCCCCAAC